AUGGAUGAUAGCUGUGCUGUUUGUGCGGAGACACUUCAAUGGGUAGCAUAUGGCCCCUGUGGCCAUCGUGAGGUCUGCUCCACCUGCAUUAUCCGCCUCCGUUUCAUAUGUGGAGACUCCCAUUGCUGCAUCUGCAAGAGUGAAUCUAGAAUCAUCUUUGUCACGAAGGCUUUAGGCAACUAUACAAGGAUGAUUAAUGACUUUUCAGUUUUCCCAGCUGAUCCAAUGGAAGGUCAAGUUGGACUGUACUGGUAUCAUGAAGGAACACAAGCAUUUUUUGACGAUCCUGAUCACUACAAGAUGAUAAAGGCCAUGUGCAGGCUAUCGUGUGGCGUUUGUGAUAAGAUAAAUGAACUAAGGAGUGAAGGGUCAAAGAGAAAAGGGGAGUUUAAAAAUGUUGAGCUGCUGAAAAAUCAUUUAUUCCAUCGUCAUGGGCUGUUCAUGUGCAGUCUGUGUUUGGGGGGUCGGAAGAUAUUUAUCUGUGAGCAAAAGCUAUAUACUAAAGCACAAUUGGAUCGGCAUACAGAGACAGGUGAUUCAGAGGUAGAUGGCAGUGAGACCGAAAGAGGUGGAUUUAAUGGACAUCCUAUGUGUGAUUUUUGUAAAAAUCCAUUUUAUGGAGAUAACGAGCUGUACAUGCAUAUGUCUACUGACCAUUAUACUUGCCAUAUGUGCCAAAGGCAGCAUCCAGGACAAUAUGAAUACUAUAAUAAGUAUGAUGACUUGGAGAAUCAUUUUUCUCAAGCACAUUUUUUAUGCAAGGAUGAGGACUGCCUAACAAAAAAGUUUGUUGUUUUUGCAACUGAGUCUGAGAUAAAGAGGCAUAAUGCCAAGGAACAUGGAGGGAACAUGUCUCGCUCUAGGCGUAAUAUUGCUCUUCAGAUACCAGUGAGCUUCCGGUUUAGGAGAAGUAAUGAGCAAGAACUUCAUGGUAGAGGACAUGGUUCUCGUUUUGAUGCUGCAGACAAUCAACUUUCCUUGGCCCUUCAAGCUAGCCUUGAUACAGCCACCGUGGAAAGGUGUCAUAAUACAUCCUCUAGUACCCAAGAAUCAUUGGCUACUGCAGAAUCUGAGCCAUCUUCAAGAUGCUCUCAUGAAUUAAGAGAAAACUCCCGGAAUGAACUACAACAAGAAUCAGCCUUCCCUCCACUUCCGGUGGCUCAAAGUGACAGGCGAUUUAGAAAUGGUUCAGAAGGAUUGAGUGGUAGUACAAUGGCUUCUCGCAUACGUCGGCUUAACAAAGUAACAGUCCUGAAUUCUUCUCGAUCUUGGUCCACCACAAAUCGACAACCUAAAUCAUCUGCCAGUAGUUCACACCAGAAAAAACCCUCUUCGGCCUCUGGGCUCAUGUCAUCAUCUAGCUCUCCUGUAUUUUCCCCAAGUAAGACUGCUCCAGUUAGACAAGCUGUAACUACUGGGUUUGUAUCAUCCAAUUUUGCUAGUUCAAGAAAUUCAACUGGAACCAGCAAGGUCACCCGCUCUUCUUCACCUCCAAACCUUAUCAAGAUUGGUUCUUUGAACUCUGAUUUUCCUUCUGUUUCUGCUACUCAAACAAAUAAAGAACCUGCAAGUAGUCGGAGAUUACCAAGGGUUGGAGAUGUACACACUGUCAACAAGUCUCUUGUGGAAAAAAUCCGUGAUGCUUUAGAAUCUGAUGAGAACAAAUUCUCUGCAUUUAAAGAAAUAUCUGCAGAGUACCGCAAGGAUAUAAUUAACACAGAGGAAUAUCUUGCCUAUGUCUACCAGUUUGGCCUGUCACAUCUGGUUCUUGAGCUAGCUAGACUCUGUCCUGAUGCUGAGAAGCAAAGAGAGCUUGUUGAGACUUACAAUUUUAAUAUGAAGAGCAGUGGUUCUCAUGAAAUCAAUUUGUGUAAUGGCAGCAGCAAGUCAAGGAGCAAAAGUUCCAAGAAAGGAAAGGAAAAGUGUGAAGAUAAUGGAAUUAGCAGUUCAAAAUAUGCUUUGCCAGAUUGUCCUAUCAACCCUGUGAGGAAUUUGCAAUCAAAUCAUAAACCUCCAGUAGAAGAUGCAGCAGUCUUGUUGAAGGCUGCUAUUCAUUCUGCCAAAGGAAAAUCAAAGAUUUCAAUUGAGGAUGUAAUUCCAGGAAAUCAAAUGCUGACGGGUCAAAAUGGUUUUCAGUCAACUGGUGGCAGCUCAAAUAAAAAUUUGGGAACUGGGGGAGGAGGUAAUAAGCAACGGAAAAAGACUCCAAAGUUUCUCAGAAACCGGCUUGGUAAUGAUGCUACUGAACUUUCAGAACUUGGUGAUUGUGAAGAAAAAAAAGAUGGAGACAAGGAUCCACCAGAACGGUUGCCAGUGCAUGGAGUUUGGCAAAAUGGAGGUGGUCAUAGACUCGUGAAGAUGACCAUGAGGGAUCAUAUAAAACAAUAA